AUGCCGUCGAGAGUGAGUCAGCUGUAAACAUUAAAUCACUGUUGUUAUUUUUCUAUUCUCUCGUAUCUCCAGUUCGUUCAAUUUCUGUAGCGUCGUUAAUGAUUUUUAGAUGCAGUUAUUUACCUUACGUUUUCCUUGUUUAUUAAAUACACAUCUGUGACGACGAGACACGUUGAAAACCUUAGUGGAAUAUUAAUGUAUGCUUUAUUUUACUGGCUGUUUUUUUACCCUUCUAAUUGAAGCAAACACUGUGGAACGACAUGCGUGGAAAUAUGCGCUUAAAUGCAAAUGACAAAUUUCCGCCACUAAAAUAGAUUUCUGUAGGUUUUGGCAUCUUAUCUGCGUUGAAACAUGGGAAACAUGUUAGGAUUGGUAUCACUGUUAGCUUCAAAAUUUCAUCUUUGAAAUUGCUUCGCGGACAUACAUUCAAUCAGUUCGCAGAGAGCCACAGUGACAUGUUUUAGGUGUGCGUAUAUUUUUGUACUACCUUAGGCAAUCCAAAAUUGAGCAAUAAAUUGUCGUACGUCCUUGCUCGAUUGUAUGGCACAUUUGACUUAAUUUUUCAAAAUCUUUUUCGAACAGGAAAUCGUAAAGAGGCAUGAAUUCCUCCGGUGUAGUUUUGCCCUUCUGAAGAAGCAAUUCGAAUCAUUUCUGUUUGACGAGCACGGGGCCUCUCUGACCAUUGAGCUCGGACGCCUUCAACGACUAACUGGUUGUCAUGUGAUUUACAAUGCGGAUAUACUGAGAUUUGACUGUCGAAAUAUGCGUCUUGCGGUCAAUGUGUACAUGCAAAAGGUACGUUGUGAUCUCAGAGGUCUAUCAAAUGGUAAUAUCGCAUUAACGAAUUUUGCGGCACGAUUAAAUUAACUUUCGUUUGCAUAGGUCAGUUUCCCGCAUUUGUCGCGCGGUCAUAAACAUAAACUCGGACAAGCGGCGGUGAGCUUUGAUGUUUCUG